ACAAAGAUAACAAAUAGUAGUAGUCUGGAGGAAGCGAGAAAUCAGGAAAUUGUGGACUGCAGACUGUGGACUGCGGGAAGCAGCACGGGCCAGUCAGUCCACUAAACAAAACAUGGACGCCGUGGAAAUAAAUACCUCUGAUCCGUCACAAAACGAAGAGGGCACUGUGUCGACGGUGGAAAUAUGUCGCGUUUGUCUUCUUGGCAAUGUGGUAAUGCGAGACUUGUUUUUGGAAAGUGAGGUUGCAUCCCUAUCAGCAAAAGCAAUGAGUUUCGCUAAUGUUAAGAUAUUACCCGGAGACGGUUUACCAACGCGUGUAUGUUGGAUGUGUGCAGAUAGACUUGAAUCUGCGUAUGAGUUUAAAUUACAAGUGGAGCAAGCGGACACAGUUCUCAGAGAAAAAUUUGUUACUAUGAAUAUGAAAGAAGAAUUAUUUUUUAAUGAAGUUGAAGUACAUUUAGAAGCAGGAGAACAAAAUGAAAAUAUAGAAGAAAUACAUGUGGAAAAUGAUUAUCAAAGCACCGAUACACUUACAUCAAUAUCUCGAGAAGAGAAAUCAUCGCUUUUGAAGAAUCAAUUAACUUUGUUGCAGACAGAAAAAUUAGAUGAACAAGAACAAUCUAUGACAGAACAGAAUUCUAACACGGUAAUGGAAGAAGUAAUUGAUCAAACGAUUACUACAGAACAGACAACAGAAGAUUGCAUGAAUCAUGAAGAAGAAGAUAUUAAAAUUAUCACAAACACUCCCAAAAAUGAAGAAAUAUUAAAACAUGAAAACAGAGAUAGCGAUUGUCUUGAAAAUAUUUCAACAGUAGAACAUGAUUAUAUAUUACAACAAAAAUGUGUAUUAUCUGAUGCAAAUCAACAAGAAUUACAACAACAUCAUCAACUUACUAAUUCUGAGGAAUCAUUUCAACGCGAGAAUUGUACAGAAUAUGUAAAUUUGUUGGUAAAAGCGGCAGAUGCAACAAAACAAGAAAGAGAUGAUGAAGGAGAAAAAUCUGAUAUUACAAAUACAGACAUUAAAGCAGAAAUAGAAUCUCAGAGUCAAAAUGAAACUAGAAGAAGCAAACGUAAAUUAGUUCGACGAAACAUCGAAACAAAACGAGAUUCUGAUGAAGAAAAUUAUUUUGAAAAUUUAAAUUUAACCUCAAGAUUAAAAAAAUCUUUAGAUCAAUCAGAAAAAAUUUUUUUUCUGUGUUAUUUGUGCGAUAAAGAAUUCUUGUCAAAGAACAUAUUGAAAGAGCAUAUGCAUUCUCACGAAGAAGUUCGAAAAGCUUUGUCUUUGAAAAAACUACCAGAUACAUCACAAAAGAACAUUUACAAUCUUGCAAAAUCGCCUCCAUCAGGUAAAAGAUCGAACAAGUGUCCCUAUUGUGGCAAACAAUAUAUAUAUAUAAUUUCGUUCAGUAAACAUUUAAAGAAACAUGAAAGAGAGAAAGAAGAGGGAAAAGAUGAAUCAAUGCCCUUAGAAAUAUCAUUCCAUGAAGAUGAACACAGUUUAGAUUUUGAUGAUUAUGAAGAUACACGACGAUAUUCGGAUAUAGAAUAUCGAAAAAAGGCCAAACAAAAAAAAGAAAACAUUGUUAGAGAAAUAGAAAGAGAAGGAAUAGAAGAGCAGGAUCAAGAUGUCCAUAGAAAGGAAGAUGAAAAGAAUAAAACUAAAAGAGUUAGUAGUAAUGACUGUGGAAACAAUAAUAAUAAUAACAAUAAUAAAAAUAAUGAUGACGAUGACGAUGAUGACGAUGAUGAUGAUGACUAUGAUAAUCAAAUGGUAGAGAAUCGCAGUAUUCGUAUAAAAACAUUUACAUGUGAUAGAUGCACAGAGAAAUUUUAUACGAAACGUAGUUUAAGAAAACAUACAAUGUCGCAUACUGUUCUUAAAUGCAGUAUAUGCGAAGAAGAAUUUGAUUCGCUAGAAAAAUUAAGGAAUCAUCGAACGAAACACGUUAUUGAAGGUGUGUUAACUGAACAGGAACUCGAAAUGGAUACAAAAAAUUCGAUCAAUAAUGAAGCAAACAAUUAUGAAACAAUGGAUAAAGAAACUGAGGAAAAGAAUUGCGGAAUAGAAAAUGAAUCAGUUUUGCCAGAAAUUGAAAAUAAUACUUCAAAAAAAAACGACAGAAGCAUGGAGAUUCAUCAUCAUUCUGGAACCAACUAUAAUUGCAAGAUGUGUUGUCAACAAUUUGCAACAAAGGAUCUAUUGCAGAAACAUAUGGAACAACAUGAACGUAUAAAAACUUACAAAUGUACACAAUGUAAUAAAACAUUCGGUAAUGAACUUACAUUACGUAAUCAUCUUAUAGCUACAAAUCAUAAAACUUUCCUUCACGGGCAAGAAUAUGAUCCUAAUAAACGUAUUAAAAGAGUUGCUGCGAAAGCUGCACAAAAAAUUAUCGAUAAAAUUAAAACUGAAGAUGGCUUGGAAGAUUAUGAUGAAGAAGAAAAUAAUGAUAGAAUAAAUCGUGCUCAUUCUACAGAUAAUAAUCGGAAUAAACGAGAAAUUUUUUCGCAAAAGAGACAUAAUUAUAAAAAAGAAUUGGAAUGUGCAAGUUGUAAUAAAAAAUGUAAUUCAAAGCAAUCAUUAACAAAACAUAUGGAACAACAUGUGAAAGACGAGCAACGAGGCAUAAAAUUGGAAAAACAAAAGCAAUCAACAGAAAAAAAAGAACGACAAAAGGAUUGUUCUAAUGAAGAGAUAGAUCAUAGUGAAAACAAAGAUGAUUACGAUUCAGAUUUCGAAAGUGGUUUAGAUUGGCCAAUGGAUAAUCAUGAAUGCGCAAAAUGUAAAAAACGAUAUAGCACAAAAAAAUCAUUGUUACGUCACCAAUUGUUGCACGAAGAACCAAAUUUCGAAUGCGAUAUUUGUAAUGUCAAAUUCUACCGUAAAGACAAAUUAAAAGCUCAUUAUGAUAAAUGUUCUGAGAAGAAUCCUGAUCAAGUAAGAAAAUGUAAUAUCUGUGGAGAUACUUUCGAAAACAACGAGAUUUUGCGAGAACAUAGAGCAAAACAUGUUACAGAGGGUAUUCUUACAGAGGAAGACUUAAGAGAUAUUGAACCGCGACCCGAGGAGAAAAAAUCAGGUGAAAAAAUUGGAAGGAAGAGAAGAACCGAUAUUGUAGGUUUGGAGUGUACAGAAUGUAACAAACAAUAUACAUCAAGAAAAGGACUUUUACGACAUAUUCAAGUUCACGAAGGAAAAAAGUAUUUAUGUGAUAUAUGUCCAAAAAAAUUUUAUAGAAGAGAACAUUUAAAAAUACAUGUAGCAAAACAUAAUAUGAUUAAACCAUAUAAAUGUACACGUUGUACAAAGCGUUUCAUUAAAGAAGAACAAUUAACAAAUCAUUUAUCAAAGCAUGAUCGAACAUUUAAAAAAAACAAAGAAACUGAUAGCUCGAAAAGAUUUCUUUGCGAGAUUUGUUCCAAAAGUUUCACACAAUCGACAACGUUAAUUGCACACCUUAGAGCCCAUAAUGGCAUAAAACCAUAUGUUUGCGAAGUUUGUUCACGACCGUUUACAACGAACGCCUAUUUAAAAAUGCAUAUGAGAACACAUACCCAGGAACGACCAUAUAUUUGUCAAUAUUGUUCACGAGCAUUUGCUAGAGCUGAUACCCUUGCUAAUCAUUUAACUUCACAUACAGGCGAAGCUAAAUAUCAUUGUAAAUAUUGUCCAAAAAAUUUUCGCCGUCUUAAAUCGCUUAAAGAACACGUUUUUAUUCAUACUGGUCAAAGACCUUAUGCCUGUCCUACCUGUGACCGACGAUUCAAUAACAACGGAAGUCGUUACGCUCAUAGUAAAAGGUGCAAACAAAAUUUUGUUCAAAAUCAGAAUCGUACUCAAACAUUAAUCACGCAAGUGCAACCAGCUCAAAAUCAACAAAGAGUGCUACAACAGGCCACACUUGGACAAGGACAAAUAGUAAAGGCUCAAAAUAUUAAAACAAUUACUAUUACUAGGCAACCUGAACCAGUCACUGCUCAACAAACAGUUAUGCAGCAUCAGGAGAUAUUAAUGCCUUUAAUUCUCCCUCUUACAGUCACUCUUACCGAUGUCGGCGAAGAAGUAAUUUUACCAGAAGGAACCAAAAUAUUUACUACAUCAUAAAUUGAUACAUAACUUUUGCGUAUUUAAUGAAUUUUUUAUUUCUAUUACAAAAAUCACAAAAUAUUUCAUAAUCGUAAGAAAAAAUAUGAGAAACAAAUUGAAAAUGCAGAAAUUGAAAAUGCUGUUUUUGACUUUGUAUUAUAUGUUGUAUAUCUCUGUUUAUAUUUAAAUAUGAGGUGUAGCUGUUGUAAACUAUUGGGAUUGGAUAAAAUUGUUUAAAAUAUAAAAAAUGUAAAAUGAGAGAAAAAGAAAGAAAACAAAAAAA